UUCCUCCUUCUUGCUCUGAGCCGGAGAAAGGAGAAAGGAAGGAAGGGCCACACCUCGGGCCAGCCGGAGCCUGCAACCGAAAGGAAAGUUUUCGGCAGAAUUUUAGGCCCCGAGAAGAAGAAGAAAAAAAUCAGGAGGUGAAAAAUUCAGAUUUCUUUUCCGAAAAGACACAACAUUCAGACUUCCCGGCUGUAUCCAGGUUUCGGACGCCAGCCGGACCGCCCCGUGUCGCCAAUCCCACGGCCGAAAGACCCAUCAUUUAGGCUCCGAGACCCUUUUGCGGAGGGUCCAUCCAAGAGCGGAGGAAAGCUGGAAGCCGCUGAGAGCAUGAGCGAUUUCUGGCACAAGCUGGGCUGCUGCGUCGUGGAAAAGCCCCAGCCGAAGAAGAAAAGGCGGCGCAUCGACCGGAGCAUGAUCGGGGAGCCCAUGAAUUUUGUCCAUUUGACGCACAUCGGAUCCGGAGACAUGGCGAACGAGGGUCUCCCCAUGACGGGAGCCGUCCAUGAGAUGAGAUCGAAAUGCGGCCGAGAACGACAGUGGAGCAGUUCGCGUGUUUUGUAGCUGCGACCGGAUGUUUGCGUGUUCUUCCUUCCCUUCCCGUGUGGAAGAAAGAAAGAGAUAAUCCUUUUCUACACCGAAACGGCCUGCACUUGAAUUACUUGUUUUGAUCGUCUCGGCAGCCAAAGACCUUGGGAAACUACAACUCCCGGGAUCCCACUUUAACGCGUUCUCCGUCCCGUCCUCGUCGUUUCGAGUCCCGAUUUUCCUGUCCUUUCGAUCUGGGUUCCUUUUGGGGUCUUUUGUUUUUUCCUACCGACCGAGGUUUAUCCACUGGAUUGUUAAUAACGGACGUGAUGUUUUGGAAAUGGAGAUUUCGGACAAGCGGAGGGGUGCGAAUGAAGGGGGAACCGGUCCCGGACGAACCCCGACACAAACUACAACUCCCACGGAGAAAGACAUCGCGGACAAUCCGAAAUCUUCGACGAAAUCUCUUUCCGACGGUCCUUCGCCUCCGAAGCUUUGUCUCCGCUUUCCGCUUUGGGUUUUAGUCCGAACUUUAAAAGAAACUCCUCCAAGUCUCUAUCCUAUAGAAUGAUGCUCGAUGCUUUGUCUCUGCUUUCCGCUUUGGGUUCCAGUCCGAACUUUUAAUUAGUUAAUGCCGUUUGAUACUGGCUCAAUGCUACAGGACCCUGGGAGUUGUAGUUCUUUAAGGUCUAUAACCACAAACUACAAAUCCCGGGAUUCAAUUGCAAUAAGCCAUUGUACAGCCAUUCUGUAGUGUCAAUACACCCCGAGUUUGCCAAAGGGAUACUUAUUAUUGGCUAGUGUUUGGUUGUUAAAGUGGGCUCAAACUGCAUUAACUCAAUAGUAUGGACGCGCCUCAUUGAAGAGUAUUUUUUUUCCAGAUUCACAUUUGAGAAAAAUUAUAUAUACAGUGUAUGUAUAUAUGUGUGUGUGUAUAUAUAUGUGUGUGUGUAUAUAUAUAUACACACACACACACACACACACAUAUAUAUAUAUAUAUAUAUAUAUAUACACAUACAUACAUACAUACAUACACAUACAUAUAUACACAAGCUGUGCCCAGCCACGCGUUGCUGUGGCGAAGUAUGAUGGUAUGGGAAAUAAAGUAUUGAGGAAUUGGUAGUAGUUAAGGUAAAGGGUCCCCUGGGCUGAGUGGGUUGCUAGGAGACCAAGUGAGCGGAGCUUAGCCUUCUAACUGGCAGCAAUUGGAUAAAAACAAUUAUUCCUCUCUCUCUAA